UUUGUAAACACUUCCUCUUCCUCUUACAACAACACGUGAAAAUGGCAGCAACACAGUCUACAUCGGAUACAAUGAAAACAGAGAAUUUGGACACUGCAGACGAUGAAUUCGUUCCAGCAAAGACAAAAUCGAGAAAAAGAAAGCUACCAGAUAGCAAAAAUGUAAAAGAAACAGCAAUGGAAACGUCUGAACCACUACCAAAACGACCUAAUUUCCCAGCUGUGUCAGGGGAGAAAUCGGGUGGGAAAUCAGAAAUGCGUAAAAUACCAAUUCCUAGUAACAGAUAUACACCUUUAAAAAAGAGCUGGUUAAAGAUAUUCACACCUAUUGUAGAGCAUUUGCAUUUACAGAUACGGUUUAACUUGAAAACAAGAAAUGUAGAAAUUAAGACAUGUAAAACAACUGAUGAUAUCCGAGCUAUACAAAAAGCAGCUGAUUUUGUUCAGGCAUUUGUUUAUGGUUUUGAAAUUGAGGAUGCCCUAGCAUUAAUAAGAUUAGAUGAACUCUAUCUAGAAUCAUUUGAUGUAACAGAUGUUAAACCACUGAAAGGAAAUCAUUUAUCUCGUGCAAUUGGUAGAAUAGCUGGACACAAUGGAAAAACAAGAUUUACUAUAGAAAAUGUUACAAAAACUCGAAUAAUAUUAGCAGAAAGUAAAGUUCACAUACUUGGAUCCUUUCAAAAUUUAAAUAUGGCAAGAACAGCUAUUUGUAACCUUAUAUUAGGUAGUCCUCCAUCUAAAGUCUAUGGUCAGAUGAGAACUGUAGCAUCCAGAUUAUCAGAAAGGUUCUAAAUAAUGGCUUCAGUGUAUAAAUUAAGCUAUAUGACUGUAAAUUUUGUAAAUGUGACAGACUGCUAUCAUUCUUAUUCUCUUUUUGAGAAAAUUGAAACUAGAAUUUUCACAUAUGUUCUGAAUUAUGAGGAGAGUGAUGCAAAAUGAAAUAAAAUAUUUCAAACAA